GAAGAAGAAGAAGAAGAAGAAGAAGAAGAAGAAGAAGAAGAAGAAGAAGAAACGUCAUCUGAGGGCGUGGCCAGCUGGCGUUAGCGCUUCCUGUAGUAAAAUGGCUAGCUGCUGCUCCCCGAAAAUAUUGACACUUUUCAGCCUGUUUAUUUUCCCUGCCGCGGUGGAAAGUAAUACUAUUGAGGAUCAAGCUGGUCAAUUCUUCAGCAGUGGACACACAAACAACUGGGCAGUUUUGGUGUGCACAUCCAGAUUCUGGUUCAACUAUCGUCAUGUGGCCAACACCCUGUCUGUGUACCGUAGUGUCAAGAGACUGGGCGUCCCAGACAGUCACAUAGUUUUGAUGCUGGCAGACGACAUGGCGUGUAACCAUAGAAACCCGAAGCCAGCUACUGUGUUCAGUCACAAGAACAUGGAGCUCAACGUGUAUGGAGAUGACGUGGAGGUGGAUUACCGUGGUUAUGAGGUGACAGUUGAGAACUUCCUGCGUGUUCUGACCGGAAGGCUGCCACCCAGCACCCCACGGUCCAAACGCCUCCUCUCUGAUGACCACAGCAACAUCCUCAUCUACCUCACUGGUCACGGUGGGAACGGCUUCCUGAAGUUCCAGGACUCCGAAGAGAUCAGCAACGUGGAGCUGGCCGACGCCUUUGAACAGAUGUGGACAAAGAGAAGGUACAAUGAGCUGCUGUUCAUCAUUGAUACAUGUCAAGGAGCCUCCAUGUAUGAGAGAUUCUACUCUCCUAACCUCAUGGCCCUGGCCUCCAGCCAAGUAGGAGAGGACUCCCUGUCGCACCAGCCAGACCUGGCUAUAGGAGUCCACCUGAUGGACAGGUAUACAUUCUACCUGUUGGAGUUCCUGGAGGAUAUUCACCCUGCUAGCACUGCUAACAUGAACGAUCUGUUUAAGGUGUGUCCUAAAAGCCAGUGUGUGUCCACUCCGGGCCACCGUACAGACCUUUUCCUCCGGGACCCCGGUAACGUCCUCAUCACCGACUUCUUUGGCAGUGUCCGCAAAGUAGAGAUCACCAUGGAAACCAUCAACCUGACAGCUCCCAUGGUGCACCUGGAUGAGGAAAGCAGACCAGUAAGAGAGCUGAAGACAGAGAGCCAGUCAUACGUGGACCAGCUCCCAGUGGCUGAGAUUAUACACCAGAAACCAAAGCAGAGGGACUGGCACCCUCCGGAUGGUUUCAUCCUGGGUCUGUGGACUCUCAUCCUCCUGGUCUUCUUCAAGACGUAUGGCGUCAAGCACCUUAAACACAUCUUCUAACCCCUGACCUUUUAACCUAACCUUUGACCUCUUACCCAGUUCAGCUCUUGUGCAGUUUGCACUAGUUCGCUUCGCUUCCUAGAUUUAAAAGAGAAGGACUGGUAUAGGACUUAUGGUGGAAUCUCUAAAGUGCAGGCUUUCACCCAUCCAAUUAUUUUAAAUGCAUGGGGAGGAGUGCAUGACUGCACACUUCAGGAGAAAGGACAGACAAUUGGGACACGGUCUUGGCAAGAUCACAAUCUUUCUCUGGAUUUUCUAGAAGACUCCCAGACAUUAUUAACAUAGGGAAAGAAUGACAUUGAAUUGAAUGGAAAUGGCCUUUCUAGUCAUUCUAUUUCUAUGGUUAUUAACGUUAUUAAAGGGGCAAUCUGUGAUUGGUACAUCAAUUUUGUUAUUGUUUGAAUUUGCUGAUUUGCGCCUUUUAACAUCAUUGUUUAUGUUUAUUAUUAUUCUGUGUUGGAGAGAAUGUGGCGACACGGCACUGACCUGCCCAAAGACGCAAGAUGUUGUGCCUUUCUGGACAUUAACAGCUCUCUGACUACUGGCUACUGGUGGUGUUUAUUGUUCUGGAUGUAUUGUAUGGGGUCUGACUGGUGAAUGGGUUUAGAGUUAAACAGCAACUAAAGAUAAAAGGAUGGAAGCAACAAAUACUGGAAGCAACAAUCCCAUGUUUAUUUUGUAUUUUAUUGUUGCAUGGUUUUUAGAAUUAGAUUAAAGAGUGAAAAAACGAAAAGGAAAUUGAGAUUUAAAAUACUUGAAAGCAACGGUCCUUCUCAGGAGAACAUUUUAAUGUCUUUUAUGGAAAUGUGUGUAUCUAUUCUUUAUUCUUUAUGUUGUGUCAGCGCUGUCUUUUUGUCCGUGCUUCCAUCGUGUAUAUAAUUAAGUUGAUGGGAAUGAAAAGGCACCGGAGUUGAGUCUAGGCUGAUAAGACUUUAAUUUAUUUGAGAGCAUGCAGCUCUGCAUAUUUCAGCACCAGGCUUUUGGCUUAAGUGGUACUCAGAACUCUAGUAAUGCGUUCCAAAGGGCACCCUACACCCUACACCCUACAAACGGCACCAGGGCGCACAGAGCUCUGGUCAAAAGUAGUGCACUAUAUAGGGAGUCAUUUGGGACGGAGUACUCGGGAUUCAGAGAGUAGGACAUUUUAGGAGGUCAUGUUUAAAACGUAGAACACAUCACAAAUCAUACAACGUCCUCAUCAUCAUCAAAUAAACCGUUUCUCCCUAAUCUGACAGGAAAAAUGUCCUGUCACAAAAAUAUCCGACACACCACUCUCCCUCCAUCCUUUAAAGUUAGUCUUAAUGUCGUGUCCUGUCCUGUGUGUCACGUUCCCUCACCUUUACACCACGUAGGAGAGAUGGGGUGCGUCCCAAACGGCUCCCUGUUCCCCACAGGGCUCUGGUCUAAAGUAGUGCACUAUAUAAGGAAUAGGGUGCUAUUUGAGACAGCCCUGGUAGCUAGCUGCUUUAACAACAAGAGAUAUCUCGGAUGAUGGCCCCUCUACUUUAUCAGCUCCCUCCACCCUGCUGCCCUCCAUCACACACACCAGGGUUUCUGUUAGGAAAAUGUGUCCCCAGACAUUUCACCGGCAGCAUUUUAAUUUACCGGACAUUUUGAGAAAUGUACAGUUUUUAGAUGACGGUAAUUCAUAUUAACAGAACAUCGGCAUGUGUCCUUAACCGAAUUCCGAUGCGCAGAUGUUAGAAUAACUGUCCACAUUUUGCUUUUCCUCAGCCAACAGGACGAGUAACGAACAGCCAAAUCACCAGCUGUCAGUCUACUAUCCCCCAUAGUAGAAAUGUUGACCUAUUCUAUUGGUCAGCUUGUGGAGAAAGAAACAGCCCAAUCAGACUCUGGGACAGUUGUGGGACGAUAAAUCCCAAAUUCAGCCAACCAGUAGGCCUCGGAUACAUGAGGCUCAUCCAACCAGUAGGCCUCGGAUACAUGAGGUUCAUCCAACCAGUAGGCCUCGGAUACAUGAGGCUCAUCCAACCA